UGGACAAUUGAUUUGCCGGAAGUGAGACAAUAUUUUUUCGAAAAAUAUAAUAAUCCAAAAAAUGUGAUUAACUUUGAUGACCAGAGAGUGAAAUUCGAUAAUAUAUAUCCGGAUAGUCCGCAUAACAGUCCCUACCCUACGAAUUAUGAGUCGAAAAUGCCUUACAAAAAUCAAAAUUACCAUGAAGAAAAGGAUAAUGACGUUUACGGAGAACGUUACGCGGAGGAUUAUAGAGACCAGUCUUAUAUGACAAAGAAGGUGCACGACAUCGCCUCCCACGGCAGCGAAUACCUGGAAGGCCUGCGACGGUCUGUCGAGGCCUAUGAGGAACUCCUCAUCAACUGCAGAGCGAUGAAUUUCACAAAUAACGGACGUCCGACACCGGUGCAAAACAACCUUCCGCCAAACGCAUAUCAGUUUGGUAUCCAGCCGUCAUUCGUCAAUCAGUUUAGCAACCAGCCGCCGAACGCAAACCAAUUUAGCAACCAGCCACCAAAUGCAAAUCAGUUUAGCAACCAGCCGCCAACCGCAAACCAGUUUAGCAACCAGCCGCCAAACGCAAACCAGUUUAGCAACCAGCCGCCAAACACAAACCAGUUUAGCAACCAGCCGCCAAACGCAAACCAGUUUAGCAACCAGCCGUCAAACGCUAAUUUUGGGAACCAACCACAAAAUCAGCUUGUAAGUCAGGUACCAAUAACUACAAGAGCCCUAAUACCAGGCUUCAGACGCCUGACAUCCAUAACCACACCAAUGUUUCAACCGAGUCCGCAACAGUGUGAACGCGCCACACAAGCUCGCGAGCAUGUUCGCCGGCUCGCCGAACUUGUUGUCUGGGCGACCAGGGAGCUUGAGGAUAGGGCGUAUGCUAAAAAAUAUGACGGGCAUCAUGAUGAUGACGAUGAAGAGGAAGACGAGGAAGAAGCGGAGCUGCUCCUCAAACUAGCUUGGUUCCUAGACCGGCUCGCAUAUCUAACUGGUUUCGAACCAAACCCAAAGAAAUACAUCACCACUCCGCCACCACGAACAACAACCACGACACCACAACCCGGCAGUUUAGCACUGGUGCCUAUCCCGCAGCCAGUGACGCAGUUCUACAUAAACUGUCUCAAAAACUCUUCGUCACCCCUACCGGCUGUUGAAAGGUGCACCUUCCCUAACCCUAUGCCUGAGGAAUUAAUAAGACUUUUUAACAUUACUACUCCCACGACAUCUACCACGUUACCACCUGACGAUAUGGGAGUCCUACCGCAAAACACCCAGAGGCCAGCCGCGUCAAUGCUGUCAGAAGUUCUCCUGCCAGCUGAAACGUCAAAAGUGACGGCUGUCAAAUCUAUCAAAAAGCGAUCUUUAACUGACAACCCCAUGUUGUAUUUCAUGAAAUAUUACGCAAAGCAUAAAGUUUGGCACAACGAUAAUACGGAUUUGGGUAAUGGUAAAAAUUCUAACGAUUAUCAUGCGACAAAAUAUUUGGGAAAUGACGCCUUUAAUGUUAAUAAUGAAUUAAUUGAAAGUGACAAGAAAAAAGUAAAAAGAUCGGUAAAAAAAUUUGAACAUUUGCGUCUGCCCGAAGAUCCUUUUCAAAACAUAAGUUAUGUUGUUAAACAUAAAACGCAAAAAAGCGUCAAUUAUGUGAAAAACGACGGUGAAGCUCUCAAAAUGAAAGCUAUUUUUGAUAAAAUGCGCAAAAGCGACGGCUUAAUUGCAAAAAACAGUCUAAAGAAUCUACAAAGAACUCUUAAAAAUGUUCAAAAACGGUCUAUUGAUUUUACAAAAGUGUUACCAUUGAAUUCUGUAGAAAAUUCCAAAAAUACAAAAACAUAUCUUAUUGGCAAAUUCCGGCCUGACAAAGGUUAUUAUAAAAAAGUACACAAACGAUCUGUAGAUUAUGCCAAAAAAGUCUUGCCUGAAAAAAGUAGAGAUCCGCAAGGUGAUAUAAGUUAUUAUGUUAAAAAUAAACCAGGAACGAACUUUAAUGCGGAUCCAGUGCAAACAGCUCAAGCGAGGGCCGCAUUGGAGCGAAUGUUCCAAAAUCCCAACAUUGAAAUAGUACGCAGAUACGGAUCUAGGGGUCCAGUAUAUGCAAAUGUUAUAUUAGAGGGGGCUCUUCUUACUUUCGGUGAUUUCGGACCUUAGGGACAUCAAGUCAUUUUCGUUGAUUCUCAUUGAUGGUCGUUGAUUUGGUGAUGGUAUUGGCUAUUUUUUUGCAGUUCAAGAAAUUGGCUUCAUGGCGAAACUGGCAUAGAAAUUAAGACUAUAAAUUUAUUAACUUUCUAGGUUGUACUCGAUCGUAAAUAGCAUGGUGUUUUUAACAGAUCGUUUUAGUGUAACAAACACGUUUAGAAAUUAUAAAAUUAAGUUUAUAUUACACUCAUUAAAGCGACUUCUCUAGUUAGAGUUGGUAGUUGUAAAGGUACCUAGCUGAGUGAAGAAAAACUAUCAUAGAUUUCUCACAGAUGGCGCUACGACAAAAAGUCGUUAAACAACCGGAAAGCGAAGUUCUGUAACAAGCACAGACAUCUGCCUUUCGCCAACUAAAACGCGGCUACGUGAGAAAAUAAUUUAUUGAGAUAUCAGAAAAAACCAUAA